AUGCCACGACUGACUUCUGCAGACGUCAUCGCAGCUGGUGACUAUCUUCAACCUGGCUUCGACGCUAAUAAGCUUACGACGGCUCAAAUUCGAGCGGUUUUGCUUCAUCAUGGAGUAACGUAUCCUACCAACUGCUCAAAGCCACAGCUGGUGCAAGAGUUCAACAGCGCAGUGUCGCAACCAAGCACCCGUCAACACCGAAGCCAAACGGAGCCACCGACGCAACCUGCUCUUAGCCACCCAGUGCAAGUUGGCGAAGAAUCUUCGGGGAGUGGCGCUCGCUCCCAGACCGCUUACGGUCACGGCUUCAUCGUGGGCCCAGAGUCCACCGAAUCCCCGAGUAGGUCAGGAAAGCCCCCUCACCCCCCCUUCCUUGGGGAACGCUCGGGGCCCAUCAGCGCGAACGUCUUCCAGCCGAGUGCUCGGGGUUCAUCUAGGCCCAAGGCCUCAAAUCAGGGCAUCCCAAUGGCAGUAGGAACUGCGUCGGGCGGCCCUGGACGUCUCGAGGACUCAGGCUGGGUCAACAAUAACAUUUUUCAGUCCGGUUCCAAGCGCUCUCCUGGGCCUCACCGUCCGGCUCGCGAGAAGACAAGUGUGUCGCUUCCAGCUCCUAGCGGGGGCCGGACCGUUGCGGACAAUCCUCGUAGAGACUCGGGCUGGAUCAACAAUUCCGAUCAGAUUGGACCUAUACGCUCCCCUGGGCCUAGCCACACGGCUCGCAGGAAGACGGGCACCUUACUACAGGCUCCUUGCCCGCCCCAGACUGUCACCAACGAUAAUCGCAAGAACUCUGGUUUCAAUCCGUCUUCCCUUCCCCACUGGCCCGCCGGCCUUCCCAAGAACUCAAAUCUGACCAACGAAGCUCCACGAACACGCGUCGCGCAAAGAUCACCAGAUGGAUCGCACGCGGUCAACGGGAGUGGUGGUCAGUCGCACAUACGCGGCCCGAACACCGCUCUUGGGCCGUUAAACACGACGACGGACGGUUCCACUGCACCUCACAAGCCUAGAGCCGAUGCCAUUCCGCUUUCCAACCGCAUGCGUACGUCGUGGACAUCGCCGCCUACACGUAGCUCUCGCCGUAUGUCGACCCUGCUUGUCAGCAUCGUCAUCCCGCUGAUCAUCGUCCCGAUUCUUGGCAUGCUCUGUAUCUAUAUGAGGGAGUCAAAGCGCAUCGGCUUCUGCGACUCCGAAGACGCCACGAAUACCGCCUCACGGAGUCUCGGAAUGCGCACCUCUGUGAUCAUGGGUUCGUCAUCGCGCCACACAAAGUCUUAUCGCGUCUCCCUCGCAGCUCUCUGGCGCACCCCUCCACGGCGUUCAUUCGUGCAGAAGGCCUCCGCUUUCAAAGCGCAGGUUUUCAAGCAGUAUAUGCCUUCGCAUCUGGACUUUUAG